CCGGGCUCCCCGGCCAUGUCUCCCGCCCGGCUCCGGCCCCGACUGCGGUUCUGCCUGCUCCUGCUGCUGCUGCUGGUGCCGGCGGCGCGGGGCUGCGGGCCGGGCCGGGUGGUGGGCAGCCGCCGUCGGCCGCCGCGCAAGCUCGUGCCGCUCGCGUAUAAGCAGUUCAGCCCCAACGUGCCCGAGAAGACCCUGGGCGCCAGCGGGCGUUACGAAGGCAAGAUCGCGCGCAGCUCGGAGCGCUUCAAGGAGCUCACCCCCAACUACAAUCCCGACAUCAUCUUCAAGGACGAGGAGAACACAGGCGCCGACCGCCUCAUGACCCAGCGCUGCAAGGACCGCCUGAACUCGCUGGCCAUCUCGGUGAUGAACCAGUGGCCCGGGGUGAAGCUGCGGGUGACCGAGGGCUGGGAUGAAGAUGGUCACCACUCGGAGGAGUCGCUGCAUUAUGAAGGCCGCGCGGUGGACAUCACCACGUCGGACCGCGACCGCAAUAAGUACGGACUGCUGGCGCGCUUGGCAGUGGAGGCUGGCUUCGACUGGGUGUAUUACGAGUCCAAGGCGCACGUGCAUUGCUCCGUCAAGUCCGAGCACUCGGCCGCGGCCAAGACAGGCGGCUGCUUCCCUGCUGGAGCCCAGGUGCGCCUGGAGAGUGGGGCACGUGUGGCCUUGUCAGCCGUGAGGCCAGGAGACCGAGUGCUGGCCAUGGGGGAGGAUGGGAGCCCCACCUUCAGCGACGUACUCAUUUUCCUCGAUCGCGAACCAGACAGGCUGAGGGCCUUCCAGGUCAUCGAGACCCAGGACCCCCCGCGCCGACUGGCACUCACACCCGCCCACCUGCUCUUCACGGCCAACAAUCACACAGAGCCAGCCACCCACUUCCGGGCCACGUUUGCCAGCCAAGUGCAGCCCGGCCAGUAUGUGCUGGUGGCGGGGGUCCCAGGCCUGCAGCCUGCCCGAGUGGCAGCCGUCUCCACACACGUGGCCCUUGGGGCCUACGCCCCAUUAACAAGGCAUGGGACACUGGUGGUGGAGGACGUGGUGGCCUCUUGCUUCGCGGCCGUGGCUGACCACCAGCUGGCUCAGUUGGCCUUUUGGCCCCUGCGACUGUUUCACAGCUUGGCGUGGGGCAGCUGGACCCCAGGGGAGGGUGUGCACUGGUACCCCCAGCUGCUCUACCGCCUGGGACGUCUCUUGCUGGAAGAGGGCAGCUUCCACUCACUGGGCAUGGCUGGGGCAGGGAGCUGA